AUGGAGUCUGCCGGAUCUUUCCCCGAUGGAGACUGGGAAUCCUCUUUUUCCAGCAUUUUUUCAUUAGUUGAUGGUGGUCAAGAUCAAGAUCAUGAAGAUCUUGAGUUCAUACCUCAUUUUCUUGGUCAGUGUUCGUUUAUUCCUUCCAAUAAUAACGACGUCGACACUAAUAAUAUUAAUGUUGAGGGAGCAUUAUUUGGUUACCAAAAUACGUCCCAAACUGAUCAUGAUCAUGAUCAUGAAAGCUUUCUCUUUCAAACCUUAGAUUCUCUCAACUCAACCCUUCAAUUCCUUUCUCAAGAUCAGAGUAGUUGUUACACCACAACUGAUACUACUAUUACUUCUAGCAGUACUCAUCAAGGCCAUGGGAGUAAUGACAAUUAUAAUUCGAUGUUGAUAAAUAAUAGUUAUAACUAUACCGAUUCUUAUCAUCAUAAUAACAUUAUCAAUCAGCAAGUUAGCAUAGAUCGCAAUAAUAAUAAUGUUCUCUCCAUGACAACUUUUCUAAUGGAUGAUGAUGAUAAGAAGCAAAUUAUUCAUGAUUAUGAUGACUGUGGUGAUAAAAAUUAUAAAAUAAACCAACAAGAGACCAGUACUGCUGUCAUUUCUGGUAAGGAAUUAUUACCGGCUAAAAGGAAGUACGACGUCGUUCCUGAUGAUAAAAUUAAGCUGAAUAAGAAGAAAACCCGUGCUUCAAGAAAUAAUGUAAGUUUACAUAACAAGAUUUAUUGUUGUUAUUAUUAUUAUAUAACUGAACAGGUUCAAAAGGGUAAGAAAAAUUUGGAGUCAAAGAAGAGGGACAGUACUACUACAAAUGGGAAAGUGGAAAAGACAAGAAAUAUGAAUAUUAUUAACGGUGUUGAUAGUUCAACUAGUUACAGCUCAGAAGAAGACAAUAAUGUUACUAAUCAGGAGAAUAUUACUAACGGCGAUGAGAUUUCACACGUUAAAUCUUUAUCUGGCGCCGUUAACUUGAACGGAAAAACUAGGGCCACUAGAGGGUCAGCCACUGAUCCCCAAAGCCUCUAUGCAAGGAAAAGAAGAGAAAGGAUAAAUGAAAGACUGAGAAUCUUACAGAACAUUGUACCCAAUGGAACAAAGGUUGACAUCAGCACAAUGCUGGAAGAGGCAGUCCAUUAUGUUAAGUUUUUGCAGCUUCAAAUCAAGCUUUUGAGCUCCGAUGACAUGUGGAUGUACGCUCCCAUAGCUUACAACGGAAUGGAUAUUAUUGGCCUCAACAACAAGUUUUCUUGAACGGAGGGAGAGAGUUCACACAUUAAUUAUUUUUUUUCUAUCUAUAUAUUUUUCUUCUUAUGUUGAU